AUGAGAUUAACUACUUUAUUUGUCACUGUUUUUAUUAUAACUACAGCUAAUGCUUCUUUCCUUUCCUGGGUCAGUUCAAUUUGGUCAUCAUGGAGUGGUGGAUCUUCAAGCACACCAGCUGUAACUUCAACUGCUACUGGUUCUUCUCCUGCAGAAACAACUGCUGCAAACCCAGGUGGUGAUGACCUUGAUUGUGAUACUGAUGAUGACAAUGAUGAUGAUUAUCCAACCACAACUACCGCUCCACCAGCAACCACUCAAACAUCUCCACCAACUACUUUGACAACUAGUUAUACUACCAGUGGAGGUGAUGAUGAAGGUGAACCGGGCGAUGACGAUGAAUGUGACGACGAUGUCCCAACUACUGACGGUGGAGAUUCUGGUUCCGCAGCAACCACUUCAGCAUCCACUGGAGGAUCUUCUAGUGGUCUUUUCGGAAAAAUUGUUUCUUGGAUUAGUGGCUGGUUUUAG